AUGGCCUCUGCCACGGGGAUCCCUGAUGAGUGCCCCACAGCUAUUAGCAGCUCCAGUAAUGAACAGGAGCCUUUGCUGGGCCGUCCAGGGGACGUCAGUCAGAAGGAAGACCAGGCUCUGGUCACUAAUCUAAUUACAGGUACGGCAACUAUUGCCCAGGCGGGUAUCUGGAUUCUCGCUGCGCUCGUCUGGAACGCUAUCUUCUCCCAAGACCUCAUAUUCUUCUCCCCCCAUCCAACCGGCGUCCUCCUAACCACCCAAGCCAUCCUCCUUCUCCAGCCAACCCACACCGCCUCUCAAAAACGAUCCGGCACCCUAGCCCACUGGGGCCUUAUCGUCCUCGCAAAUCUCUGCUUCAUCAGCGGCCUCGUCAUCAUCGAGAUAAGCAAAGCCGCACACCCAGAAUACCGCUUCACCUCCAUCCACGGCAUCCUAGGACUGGUAACCUACAUCCUCAUCUUCCUGCAGGCAUCCGUCGGCGUCGCGCAGUAUUUUUUCCCUGUUGCUGUCUUUGGCAGUGUGGAUAAUGGUAAGAAGAUCUACAAGUAUCAUCGUGUCAGCGGGUAUGUGGUGUUGCUGUUGGAGCUAGCGACGGUUGCGGCUGCGACGCAGACGGCUUAUAAUAAGGCUGCCUUGCAUGUUAAAUUGUGGGCUGUGUUGGUGGCGGCAGUCCUGGUGAUUGGAGGGGUUGGGGCGAGGAUUAAGAAGCAAAAGAUGAAGAUCUUUUGA